CUACAAUCGGAUCACAAUAAAUGAAGUUAAAAAAUUAAAUAUUAUUGUAUUUAAUUGUUUCUAACAAUAAAUAAGAAUGUUAAAUUCUGCCAUGAACGAACGUGAAAGUCAGUGCCAAAAUUUAGAUAAUUUUACAAAAAAGAUUCAUCAAGAAAUUGUGGAAAUUACUUCUUCUUUGAAUUGGACGAUGGAAAGUAUAAAAGCUGAUAAUGAUAAUAUGCUGGUUUGUCCAUACGAUUCAUCUCAUCAAAUUAGCAACAAAAUAUUAUAUCGACAUUUGGAGUGCUGUCAGUGGAAACAAGAAGGUUACAAUGAAUUUGAUAUUCCUCUGCCUGAGUCAUAUUUGCCAUUGAACUCAUAUUCUUCAAUAAAAUUAGGUUCGGAUGAGCGAUUAAUUCCAAGAACAUCCAAUAGAAUCUUCACAGAUUUUACGUGUGAUGAAAGGAAAAUUUUAUAUGAUUAUGUUACUUCAAAUACAGUCAAGCCCGACAUUGGCCAUGAUAUUACGGAUAUUCAGAAAUUAAAAAGCCACGAUAAAGAACAUAAGAAAUUAUCCUUUUUGGAAUUGCUUAUACAAGAACGUAAUUUAAAAAGACGCCGGGCUAAGCACAGGGGUGUGCAUACGAAUAAAAAAUCUCAUAUAGAAGUUCUCAGGGAAGUUAUCCAACAGCAGAUGAAGUUAUAUAGCGAUUAUUUAACAGAACGUACAACUGAUGACAAAACUAUUACCGAAACUCAAAAUUCCAAUAAUAGUCCUAAUGACGUAGUCAACAAAUUUCCAUCAAAAUACAAUGAUGAUCUUACAGAAGAUCCGCAGGAUCGACGCGGUAAUUCUAGUUCUCAAUAUAAUAAGAAAUAUGAGCACUAUGAGAAAUCAUAUACCACUUACCCAAGAGAUUCAAAACAAGAAGGGAGUUUACGAAGUACAACAGAAUCAUGGAAAGCACAAAAGACAAACGUAAAACAUAAACAUAAACGUAAAAGAUCUCAUUCGAAAGAACGUAAUCACGAUAGAAAAAGUAAACACAGAUCUACGCGGACACAUCAUAAAAAAUCUCGCAAAAAUGAGAAAUCUUUCGAUAAUGAUACCUAUUCUAAACGAAGUAGUGAUCGUCGGGAAAACCAUGAAAAACUAAUAUAAUUAUUAAUCUUGUAUGAUUAUUGAUUGAAAGAAUAUUCUGUAUAAAUAAAAUUAUUAACUCCA